GGCAGCCCUGCGGCCAUUUUGAGCACUGUUAUAGAUACAGUUUUUCCGACUGGGUUUUUUGUUGAAAAAUAGUUCCGUUAAUAUUGAUAUGAUAAAAAUGGAACCACCAAGCGAAUUUACAGAGAAACCCGCCACCCAUGACCAUCAGCCACGUCUAAAUGAGGUGGCCCAAAAGUUUCUGGCCGAUUUGGACGAGGAGCGCCAGCGUUUGUCCGCAGAAUUUCCACUCUGCUCGCUGCUAAUCGACGAGGCUGUGGACCGCGUCUAUUGUACUGGUCGAAUUCCCGGCAAGGAGUUCCACGCAGAUGUGUACAAACAGAAGCCGAUGAAGAUUACCCAAAAGGUGUUCGUUCCCGUCAAGCAGUAUCCGAAGUUCAACUUCACCGGCAAGAUCCUGGGACCAAAGGGCAAUUCGCUGCGCCGUCUACAAGAGGAGACCCAAUGCAAGAUAGCAAUCAAGGGACGCAGUUCGAUCCGUGAUCGAAAUAAAGAGGAGCAGCUGCGCAGUUCGGGCGAUCCCAGGUACGCCCACUUGCAAAAGGACCUCUUCCUGGAGGUCAGCACGGUGGCCACGCCGGCAGAGUGCUAUGCCCGUAUAGCCUACGCCCUGGCCGAGAUCCGUAAGUAUCUAAUUCCAGACAAGAAUGACGAGGUUUCACACGAGCAGCUGCGCGAGCUAAUGGAAAUGGAUCCCGAGUCGGCCAAAAGCAUCCAUGGACCCAAUCUGGAGGCCUACAGAUCUGUCUUCGACAAGAAGUUUGGAGGCAGCAGCAAUGGCGCCCCCAAGUACCUCAAUUUGAUCAAGCGAGCUGCGGAAAAUCCGCCCGAAGUCGAUGAGGCGGAGGAGGUGGCCUACGAGUAUGAACACCGUAUGCCCCCCAAGCGUCCACCCACGGGCUAUGAGUACAGCAAACCACGUCCAUCAAUAAUACCAACAAACGCAGCGGCAUAUAAACGUCCAUAUCCGACUGACAUGAAACGUAUGCGCGAACCGCCCAUCAAGUCAUAUAAGCCCAAUCCGUAUACCAUACUCAAAAAAUAUAAAUAAUAGUACUGAGCUGCGCCACACACCGCUAUAAAUGAUAACUAAGGACGAUGUUUAUGUUAUAAAUCCCAUACUGGGAGCACUAUGAAUAUACCUAAAGCCUAAUUUAUUCUUGGCCUAACAAGAAGAAAGCAGCAUUUAAAAUGAUGCUAUGAAUGAAUAACAUUAAUACAAAUGCGCACUUGCGCCAUCAAUUUCCAAGAACAUAAUAUUAAUCUUAAUUUAAUCAUCGGAUAAACCUAAAUGUUCGAACUGUUGGCGUGCAGGACAAAGUCUUCAGGCCUAGGCGAGACUUUUGGACCAUGUCAACAGAUCAUAUAAGCCCAAUAUAUACCAUUAUGUUAAAAUAUUGAUUUCCAUGAUUCUCAAAAAUGUGUAAUAAAAUGAAACGCAAUUAAUGAAAUCAAUAAAUACUGUCCAAACAGAUCCAACUAAA